ACCGAUUACCGACAUACCAUUAUAGAACAUCCUCUUAUUGUCUAAAGAGUAUUAUUAUUAUUUUUAUUAUCAUUCUGUGGUAUUACUGCAGUAUACUGUGUACAGGUUAUUACUGAUUACUGAAGUAGAGUUACAACUUACAACAUACAGAGUACAGACUACAGAGAACAGUUCACAGUUGUAAAGUUUACUAACAUUUGGAGGAACUUGGUGUUCGUUGUACGAUUUUUUCGCACCUUGACUUACAAGCAUUUGACUAUUUCCAGUCUUCGAUACUCUUUUGUACUUUACUUCUAUAAAGCCAAACCAACGUCAUGUCACUAUACCCUUCUUUGGAAGAUUUAAAAUUGGACGAAUUCAUUAAGACACAAAAUCAAAUUGUCCAACAAAAUGACAAUCCACCUCCGUUUAUGGCUAUUUGUCCACCGCAUCCAUCAGGUAUGGAUCAAGAAUCACUAGGUGCCAUGUACCCAAUACUCAAUGAUUAUUUGGGAUUAGAGCUCAGUAUUCUAGCACAGAAUAACAGCCUAGAUAAUCCUUCCCAGAAAAUUCAAACAAAAAAUAACACUGUAGCGAUUCCAUUCCAGGAUAUUCCAACACAUGUGACAAAUGGCGUUCGUAAGUUGGUGUUAUGUAAAGAUGGAAAAGGACAAAUAGGAUUAAAAAUGUCUUCAUUCAACAAUGGCAUAUUUGUUAGCGUUGUAAUUCAAGACAGUCCUGCUGCUAAGGCUGGGUUAAGAUUUGGUGAUCAAAUACUACAAAUAAAUGAAGUUUUUGUUGCGGGAAUGAGUGUUGAUAAAGUGAACAAAAUUUUUAGAGAAUGUUCAGUAAAUAACAUAAGUGUUAUUGUAAGAGACAGGCCUUUGGAACGUACAAUAAAUCUGUACAAAGACCGUGUUGGUCAAAUUGGAUUUCAGUUUAAAAAUGGUAAGAUUAACAAUAUUGUCAAAGAUUCAUCAGCAGCUCGUAAUGGAGUGCUCACAGAUCACCAGUUAUUGGAAGUCAAUGGACAAAAUAUUAUUGGCAUGAAAGACAAACAAAUAGCGGACAUUAUUGCUAAUGCUUCAGACUCAAUUAGUAUAACAAUCAUUCCAGUUUCAAUUUAUGAACACAUGAUCAAAAAGAUUGCACCAUCAUUGAUCAAGAACAUAAUGGAUCAUUCAAUUUAAAAACAAACAAGAAACCUACUCAUCUGUUGAAGUCAUGUUUAAAGUUUAUUAUUUACUUAACAUAGUUUUAUUUUAAUUUGUUAUUUUACUGUGCAUGGAAAGGUCAUCCAUUAAUUAAUAUCAUCUAGUUAUUUUUAUACAACUUUAAUGGGCAAGAUAUAUCAAAUUAUACUCACUACUUAAAUUAAACUAUCAUUCCAUUGAUUCCUAUA